AAAAAUAGGUCCACUUUGCGCUGGACAGAAUGAUCCAAUUUUCACCCCAUUUAAUUCAGAUAUUGGUUAGAAGAACCAGCUUUAGUAUGUAAGCCAGCUGCUUCGUGUUUACGGAAGUGACGCAGAGGUGUGCACUCCUUAAAGGGGUCCCCCUGCUCAGGUCGACGUUAAAUAUUACCCACAAUCCCACGGUCUUCCUUUCUGUCUGAACCAACAUGCCUAAGGGGAAGAAGGCUAAGGGAAAGAAGGUGGCCCCAGCCCCUUCAGUUGCCAAGAAGCAUGAGGCCAAGAAGGUGGUCAACCCUCUGUUCGAGAAGAGACCCAAGAACUUUGGCAUUGGUCAGGACAUCCAGCCCAAGCGUGACUUGACCCGCUUCGUCAAGUGGCCCCGCUAUGUGCGUCUGCAGAGACAGCGCUCCAUCCUGUACAAGAGGCUGAAGGUCCCCCCAGCGAUCAACCAGUUCACCCAGGCCCUGGACCGCCAGACCGCCACUCAGCUUUUCAAGCUGGCCCAUAAGUACAGACCAGAGACCAAGCAGGAGAAGAAGGUGAGGCUGCUGGCCCGUGCUGAGCAGAAGGCUGCUGGCAAGGGAGACACCCCCACCAAGAGGCCACCGGUGCUGCGUGCUGGUAUCAACUCUGUAACCAGUCUUGUAGAGAGCAAGAAGGCCCAGCUUGUGGUCAUUGCUCACGACGUUGACCCUAUUGAGCUUGUCGUCUUCCUCCCCGCUUUGUGCCGCAAAAUGGGAGUCCCUUACUGCAUCAUCAAAGGCAAGGCCAGGUUGGGAAGGCUUGUACACAGGAAGACAUGCACUUCAGUGGCAAUCACGCAAGUUAACCCUGAGGACAAGGGAGCCCUUGGCAAGCUUGUCGAGGCCAUCAAGACCAACUACAAUGACAGAUAUGAAGAGAUCCGUCGUCACUGGGGAGGUGGACUCAUGGGAGCCAAAUCCACAGCUCGCAUCAACAAGCUGGAGAAGUCGAAGGCCAAGGAGCUCGCCACCAAGCUUGGUUAAAUUGUUUUGGUUUCAAAUAAAUGUCAUAAUUGAUGA